AUGGUUUCCGCCUCGAAGGCUGCCCGUAUGGCCAAGCGUGCCGAUGAGAAGAAGCCCAAGAAGGGCGGCAAGGAGGAGGUUCAGCUCGAUGCCAACGGAAAGCCCGUUGUCUCUGACGCCCCUGCCACCACCGACCAGAAGGCCGUCGACAAGCUCACAGCCCAGAUGGACAAGCACGGUCUGUCUGACCGUGUCACCACCGGUGUGCUUUCGUCUCUGCCCGCCUCUCGCGAUGUUAAGAUUACCUCCACCUCCCUCGUGUUCCACGGAAAGGUCCUUGUCACCGACUCCACCCUCGAACUUACCUACGGUCGUCGCUACGGUCUCCUUGGUGAGAACGGUUGCGGAAAGUCCACCAUGCUCAAGUCCAUCGCUGCUCGCGAGUUCCCCGUCCCCGAGCACGUCGAUAUCUACCUUCUGAACGAGGGUGCCCCUCCCAGUGAUCUUGGCGCCCUUGAGUGGGUGGUCCGUGAGGCUGAGCGUCAACUUGACGCCAUGGAGAAGAAGGCCGAGGAUGUUCUUGAGGCCGAGGGCCCUGACAGCCCCAUCCUUGAGGAUCUUUAUGACAACAUUGACAAGAUGGAUCCUUCCACUUUCCACGUCCGUGCAUCUCUCAUUCUGACUGGUCUCGGUUUCAACAAGACCACCAUCCACAAGAAGACCAAGGAUAUGUCCGGAGGUUGGCGUAUGCGUGUGGCCCUCGCCAAGGCCCUGUUCGUCAAGCCCUCUUUGCUCCUGCUGGAUGACCCCACUGCCCAUUUGGAUUUGGAGGCCUGUGUGUGGCUUGAGGAGUACCUCAAGAAAUGGGACCGUACCCUGAUCCUGGUUUCUCACUCCAUGGAUUUCCUCAACGGUGUCUGCACCAACAUGCUGGACAUGCGUGGUCAGAAGCUCCUCUACUACGGUGGUAACUACGACUCUUACCACAAGACCCGUAGUGAGCAGGAGACCAACCAGAUGAAGGCCUACGCCAAGCAGCAGGAAGAAAUUCAGCACAUUAAGAAGUUCAUUGCUUCCGCUGGUACCUACGCCAACUUGGUGCGUCAGGCCAAGUCCCGCCAGAAGAUUCUCGACAAGAUGGAGGCCGAUGGUUUCAUCCAGCCCGUCCUUGCCGACCGUGUCUUCACCUUCCGCUUCGCCGAUGUCGACAAGCUCCCUCCCCCAGUUCUGUCCUUCGACGAUGUCAGCUUCUCUUACUCCGGUGAGUGGGAGGACACCCUGUACGAGCACCUCGACUUCGGUGUGGACAUGGACUCCCGUACCGCCCUGGUCGGCCCCAACGGUGUCGGCAAGUCUACCCUGCUUCGUCUGAUGACCGGCAAGCUCAGCCCCAUCGGUGGCCGUGUCUCCCGUCACACCCACUUGAAGCUCGGCAUGUACUCCCAGCACUCCGCUGAACAGCUUGACCUCACCAAGUCCUCCCUGGAGUUCGUCCGUGACAAGUUCCCCGAGAAGUCCCAGGACUACCAGUACUGGCGCCAGCAGCUCGGCCGUUACGGUUUGAGUGGUGAGGGCCAGACUGCCCUCAUGGGUACCCUCUCCGAGGGACAGAAGUCUCGUAUCGUCUUCGCCCUGCUCGCCAUCGAGUCCCCCAACAUGAUCCUGCUGGACGAGCCCACCAACGGUCUGGAUAUCCCUACCAUCGACUCCCUCGCCGAUGCCAUCAACGCCUACAGCGGUGGUGUCGUCGUCGUGUCCCACGAUUUCCGUCUCCUCGACAAGAUCGCCAAGGACAUCAUGGUCUGCGAGCACAAGACCGUUCGUCGCUGGGACGGCUCCAUCGGAGAGUACAAGAACUACCUCCGUAACAAGAUGUUGUCUGCCGGUGCUGUCUAG